AUGAUUUCCUCCAGCAAACUCAAAUCCGUCGAUUUUUACAGGUCUAAUGCCUCAAUUUGUUAUUUGUCUGUCAGCACCGCUACAUCUGUUAUUGUUGACAAGAGUACUGACGGGGACUAUUUACGUAUUGAUUUCAAUAUGAGGCUGAAUCUAACAAAAACAGUUCGCAAGUUUUCUAUUGAUUCAAGUUUAAGACCCACUGGUGCAGAGUUCCAUUCAGAACCAGCUCCUAAAAGCAUUAAGCACGAUAAUGAAGUAAAUGAAGAAUCCAUUGGAGGUGCUCUUGAACUCACAGCAGAGAAUUUUGAUAAAUAUGCUCACCAGUAA